UUGGCUCAUGUUAUAUGAUGUUAUGAAUUGAAUUAUGAUGCCAAAAAACAAAAAGGAGUUUCGGUUAGAGUCGGAAGCAAAAUGGGUUGUAUCGGUCUUGUCAAUUCAUCGAGUAUCAAUUUUUAUCGGCCGGUGCUCACAAAAACAUCACACAAACCCUACAGCUCAAGAGGAUCCAUGGCUGCGAUUCGAGCCGAGUCAAUGGCUACUGAGAAAUUAGGGAUCUUAAUUGAGAAGAAUCCUCCCGAGUCCAAACUCACCCAACUCGGUGUCCGUAAUUGGCCCAAGUGGGGUUGUCCUCCAAGCAAGUUUCCAUGGACUUACAGUGCAAAGGAGACUUGCUAUCUGCUACAAGGGAAAGUGAAAGUGUACCCUGAUGGUUCCGAUGAAGGCGUAGAGAUCGAAGCAGGUGACUUUGUUGUUUUCCCUAAAGGAAUGAGUUGCACUUGGGAUGUAUCUGUUACUGUUGAUAAACACUAUCAAUUCGAGUGAAAUGCAUCUCAAUACCUGCUCUGCUCUGCAUAUCGGUGAAUUCGAUUAGGCGUGACCAUCUUUUGUAUAUUGGGAUAGAUGCUUGGUUUUGUUGGUCCUGUAUCAGUCUAUGCGUUUGUUUGAUUUCAUAUAAAUGAUUUCUCGUUUUUUCCUG